AGGACCUCUUUUUAGCUCUCCGAAGAGUUUGAGGGGAGGAAGGAGCGGUGCAUUUUCCAAAGAUGCUGCUCUUAAUUAACAGGGAAGAGACCGACACUGAGCAAGUGCAGCCUGAUGACUAUGCAGGAGAUUCUUUGACGGAUUAUGAUCUCAGUAAACUCCAACUCGAGAAGAAGAAUGACAGCUAAGAGACUUAAACCAGACUUUUCACCAUCCUGGAAAGGAACUGGCUGCCAGUAUUUGGAGUUUUUUUAAUACUCUACCUCCCUCUGCUGUUAUCAGCGAGAAGUUCCUCGACAAUGGGAAAUCAUGUACUCGCGGCUUCGAUUUCCAUGCUCUCACUCCUGGCGAUGAUGGGAGAUGCGGACAGUAAAACAGACAGUUCCUUCAUGAUCGACUCUGACCCCAGCCGCUGUAUGAGGCAUCACUACGUCGACUCCAUCAGCCACCCCCUGUACAAGUGUAGCUCGAAGAUGGUACUGCUGGCUCGCUGCGAAGGGCGCUGCAGCCAGACGUCACGCUCGGAGCCGAUGGUUUCUUUCAGCACUGUCCUGAAGCAGCCUUUCCGCUCCACCUGCCAUUGCUGCCGGCCCCAGACCUCCAAACUGAAGGCCAUGCGGCUGCGAUGCUCGGGGGGCAUGCGGCUCACUGCCACCUACCGCUACAUCCUCUCCUGCCACUGUGAGGAAUGCAACUCUUAGGGACGUACCUGCCACAGCAGAGUGGGGGACUGGGAUGCUGCUGUUGGGGAAGGCUCCCAAGAGGUAACCCGAGGUGAGGCCGACGCUCCCAGCAUACAAUUGCAGCGAGGAUGGGACUAACCAGGCUGGAUUGGAUCUGAGAGCUAAAGCAUAAAAUAUCCUGGGGCCUUGGAUGAUGCCGGUACCGAAGCGUGGGCUGUGACAAAGGUGAAAGCACAAGGACUUGUUUUUAAGAAACCUUUCUUUUUUUUGGAAAGGAUAUUUUUGUGAGUUCCUUCUUUUUCAGGCUCAGCUCUGACUACAGAGAGGUGCUUUUACUUUAGGCCAGGGGCAGCAGGGGAAAAGAGAGGAAGGUCAGCUGGAUGACGGCACUGCACUCUGGAAGUUGGCAUUUGGACAGAGGAUGGACAUCAGUUCCCACAUACAACCUCUUAACCUAUCAAUUUAUUCUCAGUCUCCUAAUUAUACUGGCCUUCAAAACAAACUGUGUUGUUGGCAAGGGUUAUCUGUUACUGAUCUAGCAGCCAAGUGCUGGAUAACAUUAACUGUGGUUUAGCAGAAAUUACAAAUAAAUCAUUGAAAAGUGAA